AACGGUGAGACAGCCAUGCAUAUAGCUGCUCGAUAUGGCCAGUUGAAGAUGGUGAUUGCUCUGCUUGAGGAUGGAGGAAACCCUACUCAACAGUCCAAGAUUGGUGAGACGCCUCUCCACGUAGCUGUGCGUCACUGUCAUCUUGAGGUUACAAAGGAACUUUUACUCUACGUCACAAAACACAAGUCACGCAUUGAUGCUGUCAUGUUGGUUAAUCAACACAACUGGGAGGGGGAGACAUCUGUACACUAUGUGGCAGAACUCACUAAAAACAUGGCGCACAGUGAGUUUGAGGAUACAGACAUCACCAGGCUACUACUGGAGUACGAUGGAGAUACCAGUACACAGACUAAACUGACUCAUGAAUCACCACUACACUACAGUGCUAGAUCAGGAAAUGAAGACAUCCUGAUGGAAAUUGUUAAAAAUAUCAAAACCAGUGUCCAGUCAGCGGUCAAUACACAAUCAAAAAAUGGGUGGUCUCCCUUGCUGGUGGCAAGUGAGCAAGGUCAUCUUCAGAUUGUGAAAAUUCUUCUCCAGAACCAUGCUCGUGUUGAUGUGUUUGAUGAGCAUCAUGGGAAGGCAGCUCUUCACCUCGCGGCUGAGAAUGGCCACCACCUUGUUGCUGAUGUCCUGCUGUGGCACAAAGCUUUUGUCAACGCGAAAUCUAAACUAGGUGUCACACCACUCCAUUUAGCGGCUCAGAAUGGAUUCAACAGACUAGUUAAGCUACUGCUGGAGACGCAUGGAGCCACAAUAGAUGCUUUGUCUCUGGCCAAAAGAACUCCAUUGCACUAUGCUGCUCAAAAUGGUCAGAUGGAGGUUUGCAGUACGCUCCUCAAGAUGAAGGCAGAUGCCAAUGCUACAGAUGUUCAUGGUCAAACCCCUCUCCAUCUGGCCGCAGAGAAUGACCACUCUGAUGUUGUCAAGCUAUUCCUGAAGUAUCGACCAGAACUUGUUACCAUGGCAAACACUGAUGAGAACGGAAUGACAUGUGCCCACAUAGCAGCCUCUAAAGGGAGUGUGGCGGUCAUCAAAGAGCUCAUGAGGUUCAACAAGGGGGUAGUGACCACAGCUAAAAAUAGGACAAGUGAGUCAACGGCACUACACCUAGCCGCCGCUGGAGGCCACAAGGAAGUUCUACAUGUGUUACUAAAUGCUGGGGCGCUUGCUACAGAAGAGAACGCUGAUGGAAUGACUGUAAUUCACUUGGCUGGAAAGCAUGGACAUGUGCACAUUCUGGAGGCCCUGAAAGGUCAAGUGUCAUGGAGAAUUACCAGUAAAAAGACUGGACUUUCUGCCCUCCAUGUGGCUGCCCACUUUGGCCAGGUGAACUUUGUGAGGGAGAUGCUGACUAAGGUUCCAGCCACGGUCAAGAGUGAGAUGCCUGGUGGAACAGGUGAUGCUGCUCUCAGUGGAUUCUCCGCAGAG